GCGAUAAAAGCGGCAGGUCGCUCACCUGCCGGGAGUGAAGGCUGAGAGAGAGAGAGAGGCAGAGGCAGGCGGAGGACGGAAGGGAGAAGGGAGAAGGGGCGCCGCUGCUGGGACGCCGGUCGGGAAGGAACUUCAGGGCAAACUUCAGCGCGGAGGAUGCGCCAGGCACCGGGGGCAUUGGCCCUGCUGCUCCUGCUGGCCGUGGAGGCGUCCUCGUCGGGCUACGAGGUCGAGCACAAUGACUCGGUCAGCGGCCCCAGGAAGGCCAGGCUGGCCGCCCAGACCUCAGCAGAUGUGGUCCGGUGUUUGAUCAGUGCCCUCCAGGUGGGCUGUGAGAUUUUUGCUUGCCUGGAAAAUGCCACGUGCGAAACGGGCGGCAUGUACGACAUAUGCAAAUCCUUCCUGUACAGUGCUGCUAAAUUCGACACUCAGGGGAAAGGCUUUGUCAAGGAGAGCUUGAAGUGCAUCGCAAGUGGCAUCACGUCCAAGGUGUUCCUUGCUGUUCGGAGAUGCUCUACGUUUCAGCGCUUGAUUUCAGAAGUGCAGCAGGAAUGUUACAAGAAGCUGGACAUCUGCAAUGUUGCCAGAAGGAACCCAGAAGCCAUGGCAGAAGUAGUCCAGCUUCCAGACUAUUUCUCUAACAGGUAUUAUAACAAGCUCUUGAAAAGCUUAUUGGAAUGUGAUGAAGAGACGGUGAGGACCGUAAAGGCCAGCCUCAUGGCCAAAAUUGGACCAGACAUGGCCAGCCUUUUCAAUACACUGCAGACGGAUCACUGUGCCCGAAUCCAGCCGAGAGCAGACUUCAGCCGGAGGCGCAUCGCCGAGCCCCAGAAGCUCAAAAUCUACUUCAGGAAUCUCCAAGGCGAGGGCCUGGCUCAACCCCAUAUGAAGCGUACUUCUUCAGAAAGCGUGUGAUAGUCACGAAAGCGUAGGGAAUCCAAGCUCUACCAAAGUUGGAAAAUUAUUCCUUUGGUUUUGUUUUUCUUUAGCAUUCACAACAUGCCAGAAAAUGUACUGUAACUGAUUCUGAAGGACACUGAGCCAGUCUAUACAUCCAUUCAACAAAGCACUUCCAUGCGGUCCAGUCCUUUUGGGAUUGCUACAAAUCACAAUUGCGGGGAAUAGCGGAGACCUGACAAAGCCACCUCUGAGUAUUCCUUACCUAAAUCUAUGAAAUUGAUUGGUUAACUGUGUCAACAGGCAACUUAACGUAUUUAGCAUCCUGUAACAACAAACCUGAAUCUAUCUGAACAUUCCUUUUAAACCUAGUCUCUGAGACAAUACCAUUGCAACCUAUUUCAGUCACCCAAUUUGACAGGGACUUUUUGAAUGGCCCCAUUAGCCUGGAAUUCUGGAAAUCUGAACUGCAUGCUUGGUAUGAAUGUAUAGACUGGUUCCUGGAAACUAGUUUUAGGUUUUUAAAUUUCUAUUUCCAGCCCCUGCUCUUCAGGUUUCUGGUUAGGGAACAAAUCUUCCUCAAAUGGAAGCACUCUUUUUGUCUUUCCUGCCUCUCUCUCUGCACAGAAAUCCAGUCAAUCGGUGGCUUGUCACAGAAAAAGCCGUAAAGCACUUCUCCAGUAAACACCAAACUUUCUCUGUCCCGUACUUUGAAAGCCAUUGCGAUUUGACCAUUCGUAGAGCUGUAAUGUUCCUAAUCCUUGAUCGAUCCAAAAAUGCAUUUGUUGCACAUCAUCGGUAUGUCUGGAGCUUGUGUUACGACUAUGGUGGCUGGAGAGAAAUAAGAAAAAAUAUGGACCCGUGGUCCUAAAGCUGUGGUCUUAAUUUUCUCAGGUCUGAGAGUCCCUUAAAUGCAUGCUUUAAACCAGGUAAUGGAAAUUUGCCCAUUAUAGUUACGGCCUAAGAAGCUUGUGAUCAUGCUCCUUAUUCUCCAUUUGAAUGAAGAUCACCCUCAAUAUGUUUCUUGAGUCAACAAUUUUGAUUUUUAGAUCAUUUUCUUUUCUGUUCUCUCCUUCCAAAAGUGAGUCAUUUUGCCAAACAUUUUUCUUCUUUUUCCUGGGGGCAGCUGACGUUUUCUCCUGUCAAUGCCCUAAAAUGACAGUAGAUCCAGGGCUUUGCAGGAGGAGGCAGUUUGGCUGCUGGUCUCCUUUGUUGCAGUUACUGUUGCCACUGCUGCCUCUAUUUAUAGCAGAACUGCAUUGCUAUCCUUGCGAAUGGAAAAUUCCACUUCCCAACAUGAAUGUAGGCAAGGUUGCACAUGACUGAAUGCUCUUCCGUGCAUGCAUCCAGUCAAUGUCAACAAAUUCCCGAACUUUGAAGUUGGUAUUCAACUCAGGUACAAAGCAUUGUGUUGAUGCUCUUGCUUUCUUGGUAGUAUCUAUGGAAGAGUGUAUUGUCGGAGGCUUUCUUGGCUGGAAUCACUGGGUUGCUGUGAGUUUUCUGGGCUGUAUAGCCAUGAUCCAGAAGCAUUCUCUCCUGACAUUUCACUGACAUUUUUAUUUAUUUACAGUAUUUAUAUUCUGCCUUUCUCACCCCGAAGGGGACUCAGGGUGGAUCACAUUGUACACAUAUAGGCAAACAUUCAAUGCCAUAUAACAUAAAACAGAGACAGACGCAGAGGCGAUUUAAACCUUCUCCAACUUCCUGAGGGUAUGCUUGAUUCCAGCCACAGGGGGAGCAGUUGCUUCAUCAUCCACUGUGAUGGCACUUCCUCAUUCCAACAGCGGCUGGAUGAUUUUUAUGGUGUCGUAAAUUAGCCUCCCCACAUAUAAGUGGUACCUACAUUUCCUACUUGAUAGAUGCAACUAUCUUUCGGGUUGCAUAGGUCAGCAACGAGCAGGGGCUAUAUUUUAUUUGUAAUUGUCGGGUGCUCACCCCGACAUGGGCUGGCCUCAAAUUUAUGACCUCUUGGUCAGAGUGAUUUAUUGCAGCUGGCUGCUAACCAGCCUGCGCCACAACCCGGCCCCUAUCAUCUAUAGGCUUGACAUCUAUAAUAGGCAUCCAACAGACCCCACAACCUCUGAAGAUGUCUGCCAUAGAUGUGGGCAAAACAUCAGGAGAGGAUGCUCCAUGAACAUGGCCCAAAAAACCCACAGCAACCAUAUGGAAGAGUGUCCAUUCAGUCAUGGUAGCACUUACCUGCAGUUUGAAUUGAGAAUGCCAGUAUGAGGUUUAUUCCAUUUUUAUAUGGUUCCUUCUUUGUGGUAGGGAAAAGUAUUCCAUGUCUAGCUAAGCAUGAUGGGUGUUACAAUGAAAUGCAUCCCAAGGGAACCAUGUUGGAAAAGUCCACCCCAUUUAGAGGUGACUCCAGCUGUUGGAUAGCUAUUGCAUGACUUCUGUCCAAGCAAAUAAUCUUACGUACUGUAUCUCCACUUAAAGCUUUAAAGCAAAGAACCUUGAUCAAAAGCAUACGUUGUCUUAAGGAUAGGAUCUCAAGUCAUGUUCUGUUGUGUAAACAGGACCAUGUUUGUAGUGUACAUAACUUCCAGCAGUGCCUGGGGUCUUGAAGUGGCACAACAUAAUUUUGUUGCUUACAUGUUAACUUUAUUAUGUAUGGCUUCAUGUUGUAGGGUUUUGUUUGCCUAAGAAGAGUCGAAUUAGUGAAAGAUUGCAUCUACUAAAAGCACAGUAAGGUAUUAGGUCAGGAAUGGUGGACCAAAGUCCUAUCAAUGUUGCUGGCCUCUAGAUCACAUCAUUCUCAAUCUUUGGUCCAAUCUGUUUUGUCGAAGGCUUUCAUGGCUAGAAUCACUGGGUUACUGUGAGUUUUCUGGGAUGUCUGGCCAUGUUUAAGAAGCAUUCUUUCCUGGCGUUUCGCCCACAUCUAUGGCAGGCAUCCUCAGAGGUUGUGAGGUCUGUUGGAAACUAGCUAAGUGAGGUUUAUAAAUAUGUGGAAAGUCCAGAAUAACUCUUGUCUGUUUGAGACAAGUGUGAAUGUUGCAAUUGAUCACUUUGAGUAGCAUUGAAUGACCUUCCUGGCUGCUUCCUGCCUGAGGGGAUCCUUUGUUUGGAAGUGUUAGCUGGCCCUAAUUGUUUCAUGUCUGGAAUUGCCCUGUUUUCAGAGUGUUGUUCUUUACUUACUGUCCUGAUUUUAGAGUAUUGUGAUAUAGGUAAUACUCAGACUACAAGAGAAGCCACUGAAAUCCACAAGCAUGUGGACAAAUUCAACAGGAAUAAGGAAAUAAUGAAAAUGAACAAAAUCUGGCUACCAGUAUUAAAAACAUGAAACAAUCGGCCAGUUAACACCUCCCAACAAAAGAUUCCUUCAGGCAGGAAGCGGCCAGGCUUUGAAUCUGUAAGAUCAAUCAAUGCACAUCAAGCAGGCCAAUUGCAACAUUCACACUUACAGUAGAUUCUCACUUAUUCAAGCUAAACAGGCCGGCAGAACCUUGGAUAAGCAAUUAUCUUGGAUAAUAAGGAGGGAUUAAGGAAAAGCCUAUUAAACAUCAAAUUAGGUUAUGAUUUUACAAAUUAAGCACCAAAACAUCAUGUUAUACAACAAAUUUGGCAGAAAAGUAGUUCAAUGUGCAGUAAUGCUAUGUAGUAAUUACUGUAUUUACGAAUUUAGCACCAAAAUAUCACGAUGUAUUGAAAACAUUGACUACAAAAAUGUAUUGGAUAAUUCAGAACCUUGGAUAAGCGAGUCUUGGAUAAGUGAGACUCUACUGUACCUCAAACAGACAAGAGUUCUUUCUUCCAACUUGGACUUUCCAAAGAGAUAUAAACCCCACUUGUCUAGUUUCCAACAGAAAACCUCUGAGGAUGCCUGCCAUAGAUGUGGGUGAAACGCCAGGAGAGAAUGUUUCUGGAAGAUGGCCAUACAGCCUGGAAAACUCACAGCAACCCUUUGGUCCAACUGUUGGGGCCGGUGCUAGAAACCGAAGUCCAGACUUGUGUGGAGUGCUGCAGACUCUUCACCUGUACAUCAGAUUUCUAGUGUCCACAGAGAGUCCAAAGCUGUGAGCCCAUGGAAACUAUCUAUCGGAAGAGUGAGGAAGCUGUAGCAUCCAUUGGUUGUUUAACUAGAAGUCCUGGAAUCCAUUUCCAUUGGUUAUGCUGGGUUCGGUUGAUUAAAACUGUGCCAAAGUUUCACCAUUCUCGGCUAGCCAGACCCAUUGCACUCUAUGGGAUAUACUUCUGUGUAAAAGUCUCAGUCCCUGGAGUGAUGCCAGUCCUUGAUAUAUUUCAAGUAAAGAACGAAACAGUUGAGGAAAAACCUUGGAUGGUUCCAACAUCAAAUAGUGUGAGAAGCUCAGUUUGGAUUCUCCUUUAUUUGGCUAUAAGGCACGUGGUUAUAACAGCUAAGUAAACUGUUGGAGCAGUGCCAGUAUAACUGAAACUUGAGUUGGUGUAGAGAGAAUUGAACUGAUUUAACAUACCGCAAUUCAGAAUAUUUAUGGCUGCAGCAUUAUAAUUUCUGCAUAACAGUGCAGCCCAGUUCUAGAGAGACCUUGUUGUUUGAGCUUUAUUGAAUUAGGGAUGACACUUUGGUCAAGACUCAGGGGUUCAAGGAGAAAAGGGACGUCAGUUGACUGGUCUGUGUAAGGUUCACACACAGUCCAACAGAAAAGAGAAUCCCUUCCAUCAAAGCAUUUCAGGGCCGGUUUUUCUCCUGAUCUGUUUGUCUAAGCCAGGCCUGGGCAAACUUCGACCCUCCUGUUAGGAAUCAUGGGAGUUGAAGUCCAAUACACCUGGAGGGCCAACGUUUACCCAGGCCUAGUCUAAGCCAUGCUUCGUGGUUCCCAUGAAAAACUGGGUUUCUCAACAUGUGCACUUAGAAAAUGUUCAGGUGGAAUGUAAACUGGCGUUUUAUGCAUUGCACUUUCCAAAUAUUUUGUGUGUGUGAAGAAAUCAUUUUUCUGCUCAACUUUGAGCACUGUUUGACCAACACAUUGGAGAAUGUGUUGUCGAAGGCUUUCAUGGCCGGGAUCACAGGGUUGUUGUAUGUCUUUCGGGCUGUGUGGCCAUGUUCCAGAAGUAUUCUCUCCUGACGUUUCGCCCACAUCUAUGGCAGGCAUCCUCAGAGGUUGUGAAGUAUGGAUAAACUAAGUAAGGAAAGGAAAGAAUAUAUAUCUGUGUAGAGUCCAGGGUGUGGCAAGAGUCCUUUGUCACAUUCAACCAGAGAAAUCAGCCAUAGUAGAGCAUUUGAUGAACCAGCCUGGACACAGGAUAUUAUUUGAAAACACAGAAAUGCUGGACCAUUCCAACAACUACCCUUUUCCCCCUAAAAUAAGACAUCCCCAGAAAAUAAGACCUAGUAGAGGUUUUGCUGAAUUGCUAAAUAUAAGGCCUCCCCCAAAAGUAAGACCUAGUAAAGUUUUUGUUUGGAAGCAUGCAGAAUCGGUAAAUGUACAUACCAUAGAUUGUUUUACAUGGAAAUAAAGGUAGUAACAAGAAAUAUUAAUAAUAAUAUAACUUUAUUCUUGUAUCCCACCUCCAUCUCCCAGAAGGGCAGCUUACACAGGGACAAGCCCAACAAUAACAUAAAUUUACAUAUGAACAGAAAUUUAGAACAGUAAUUUAAAAACAGCAUAGCAAUAAAAUAUAAUAUAGACAUUCUUGAAAGGAUUCACAGUUUGGUUAUGCUGGUUUGUGAUGACAACUAUUGUACAGUAGAUAAUAAAUGUUCAUUUUUUAAAAGAUUCAACCAAAAAUGUGAAUUCUUCUUUGUGGAAAAAUAAGACAUCCCCUGAAAAUAAGACCUAGAACAUCUUUGGGAGCAAAAAUUAAUAUAAGACACUGUCUUAUUUUCGGGGAAACAGGGUAUCAUGUCAGACUACACAGAGAAGCCAUUGAAAUCCACAAGCAUGUGGACAACUUCAACAGAAAGGAGGAAACCAUGAAAAUGAACAAAAUCUGGCUAGCAGUAUUACAAAACUCUUAAAUCAAAACAAUAGAUGGGAACCAACACUCUGAGGGCAGAGGACAGCUAAUGACUGAACAAAGGAUGCCCCCAGGCAAGAGACAAAAACCUUUCCAAUGCUAAUUAGGGUGAUUAACUGAAACAUUAAUGCUGGCUUCCCAGUGACAAAGGACUCUUGCCACACCCUGGACUCUACACAGAUAUAUAUUCUUUCCUUUCCUUACUUAGUUUAUCCAUACCUCACAACCUCUGAGGAUGCCUGCCAUAGAUGUGGGUGAAACGUCAGGAGAGAAUACUUCUGGAACAUGGCCACACAGCCCGAAAGACAUACAACAACCCACAUUGGAGAAUGUUUGGGUAUGUGAUAGGGAGGUGUUUGGGUACAUGAUAGGGAAGUAUAUUCACGCACAUGGAAAGCUUGCUUGAAUACAAAGGCGAUUGCGUUCCCACUAAAUCAGUGAUUCUCAAGGUGUUUUGUCCUACAACUCCCAGAAAUCCCAGGCAGUUUACCAGCUGUUAGGAUUUCUGGGAGUUGAAAGCCCAAACGUCUGGGGACCCACGGGCUGAGAACCACUGCUCUAAAUCCUGACCCAUGGAAACAAGCCGGGAAGAGUUCCUUUUGAUUUCCCCAUAACUUCCAUGUCCUAGGCUUUGGAGAACCUCUGAAAAGGCUUAUUACCCUUCUUGGAGAACCAUUUAAUGCAAAAGCAAUAGGAUGUUUUAACCACAAAAGCCUUUAAAUAGUAAUUUGCUGCAAGAUCAGGGGCAGCAGCGCCUUGACUUUUUAAGCUGUCUUCGUUUCCAUGAACGCGGCUCUAGGAAAUCCUAUUCCAGGGUUAUAAGCAGAAGAAGAAAUUACUCGUUGGGAGUAUUUUUUUAUAUUCUGUGUUGAUGCCGUCGAAUCUAGAUGUAGAACACAAUCCAAACACUGCUUCAGGUAUAUUAGAUGGCAGUUUACUUCCAUCCUUUCUAUGCUUUAAUUCAGGCAUGAGCAAACUGUGGCCCUCCAAGGGUUUUGGACUACAACUCCCACCAUUCCUAACAGCCUCAGGCCCCUUCCUUUUCCCCCUCAGCCGCUUAAGCGGCUGAGGGGGAAAAGGAAAGGGCCUGAGGCUGUUAGGAAUGGUGGGAGUUGUAGUCCAAAACCAUUUGCCCAUGCCUGCUUUAACUAGUGUUGUCAUCAAGAGAUGAAGCAAAAUCCUUAUUCCCUUGGAGACUUUUCUGGGUCUCUUUUGGGGAAUGACUUUGGAUUUUGUAGAAACGAACCCAAAGUCUGCAUUACUCAGAAAAAAAGUAAUAUUAUACUGCAGGGGUCCCCAAAUUAAGGCCCAGGGGCCGGAUGCGGCCCUCCAAGGUCAUUUACCUGGCCCCUGUCCUAAACCUCAGUCUACCUGGUCUUUUGGGGUCUCUUUGCUUACUUAUGGCCUUAUGAGAUCGUCUAGAUGGUCUUUGAAGAUCUCUUUGCUUAGCUACGCCCUUAUGAGACCAUCUAGAUGGCUUUUGGAGAUCACUUUCCUUACCUAUGGUCAUAUGAGACCAUCUAGAUGACUUUUGAGGGUCCCUUUCCUUACCUAUGGUUUUAUUAGAUUGUCUAGAUGGCCUUUGAGGGUCCCUUUCCUUACCUAUGGUCUUAUGAAACCAUCUGGAUAGUCUUUGAGGGCCCCUUUCCUUAUCUAUGGUCUUCUGGUGACCCUGAUGAGAUCAUCUAGAUGGCCUUUGAGGGCCCCUUUUCUUACCUAUGGUCUUAUGAAACUAUCUAAAUUGGCUUUGAGGGUCCCUUUUCUUACCUAUGAUUUUAUGUGAUUGUCUAGAUGGCCUUUGGGGACUCCUUUCCUUACCUAUGGUCUUAUGAAACCAUCUAAAUGGGCUUUGAGGGUCCCUUUCCUUAUCUAUGGUCUUCUGAUGGCCUGAUGAGAUCAUCUACAUGGCCUUUGAGGGUCCCUUUCCUUACCUAUGGUUUUAUGUGAUUGUCUAGAUGGUCUUUGGCGACUCCUUUCCUUACCUAUGGUCUUAUGAAACCAUUUGUAUGGUCUUUGAGGGUCUCUUUUCUUAUCUAUGGUCUUCUGAUGGCCUGAUGGGAUCAUCUAGAUGGCCUUUGAGGGUCCCUUUCCUUACCUAUGAUUUUAUGUGAUUGUCUAAUGACCUUUGAGGGUCCCUUUCCUUACCUAUGGUCUUAUCAAACCAUCAGGAUGGUCUUUGAGGGUCCCUUUUCUUAUCUAUGGUCUUCUGAUGGCCUGAUGAGAUCAUCUAGAUGGCCUUUGAGGGUCCCUUUCCUUACCUAUGGUUUUAUGUGAUUGUCUAGAUGGCCUUUGGGGACUCCUUUCCUUACCUAUGGUCUUAUGAAACCAUUUGUAUGGUCUUUGAGGGUCUCUUUUCUUAUCUAUGGUCUUCUGAUGGCCUGAUGAGAUCAUCUAGAUGGUCUUUGAGGGUCCCUUUCCUUACCUAUGGUCUUAUGAAACCAUCUAAAUGGUCUUUGGAGGUCUCUUUGCUUACCUAUGGUCUUAUGAAACCAUCUGGAUGGUCUUUGAGGGUCUCUUUUCUUAUCUAUGGUCUUCUGAUGGCCUGAUGAGAUCAUCUAGAUGGCCUUUAAGGUCCCUUUCCUUACCGAUGAUCUAAUGAGACCAUCUAGAUGGUCUUUGGAGGUCUCUUUGCUUACCUAUGCUCUUAUGAGAUCGUCCAGAUCAGGGGUCACCAAACUAAGGCCCGUGGGCCGGAUGCGGCCCUCCAAGGUCACUUACCUGACCUCUGUCCUAAACUUUAGACUUAGGGUUGACCUAAGUCUGAAAUGACUUGAAGGCACACAAAAACAAUCCUAAUUUUGGACUAUUUCAUCAUAGUCCGGCCCCCCAAAAGUCUGUGGGACUAUGAAUCGGCCUUCCACUUAAAAAGUUUGAGGACCCCUGUUAUACUGGGUCAUUUUGCAUUUAAGGCUUUCCUUCGUGCUCCCUAACCUCCCUACAAAUUCUGGGAAUUUAGGGAAUAUGAAAUCCUGGUUCCACUUUACUCUUUUUUUUAGUUUAGUAAAGAAAUUGGAUUUUUGUCUUGAGUACCUAUGCCAUUUUAAGUGAACGCAUGACGUAGAAUGCCUACAUAGGGCUUUUGACACAAUGGAAAAAAUCCUUCUAAAAUAAGGCACAGAUGUUGGAAGAUGGAAAGUAAUGGGUUGCUAUGAGUUUUCUGGGCUGUCUGGCCAUGUUCCAGAAGCAUUCUCUCCUGACAUUUCGCCCACAUCUAUGGCAGGCAUCCUCAGAGGUUGUGAGGUCUAUAGGAAACGAGGCAAGGUUUAUAUAUCUGUGGAAUAAUGUCUAUGGUGGUAGAAAGAACUCUUACUUGUCCAUUGAGAUUAAUAAUUUGAGCUACCUGUACUGAAGUUUUAUUUUUUGUGUCAGGAGCGACUUGAGAAACUGCAAGUCACUUCUGGGGUGAGAGAAUUGGCUGUCUGCAAGGAUGUUGCCCGGAUGUUUUGAUGUUUUUACCAUCCUUGUGGGAGGCUUCUCUCAUUUCCCCGCAUGGAGCUAGAGCUGAUAGAGGGAGCUCAUCCGCGCUUUCGUUGGGUUGGAUUCGAACCGGCAACCUUCAGGUCAGCAACCCAAUCUUCAAGUCAUCAGUCUUGCCAGCACAAGGGUUUAACCCACUGAAUGCAUCAAAGCAGUUUUUAUAUGCCCAUUGUCUUAAUGUUACCACUGAAAUGGUUGGAAACAAGAGGUUGCAGUAUGAGAUCACAGUAAGAGUUAAUAAAUAGUGCAUUCAGGAAUCCACAAAUGGUUCAUUCUUAAAUCUAUUCGGACUUCUAUCCGUUCCACCCCACACUGGAAGUUGGCUUAUCUAUUUUUUAAAAAAACCCACAAUGCAUGAUUUAUUUGUAUUUUUUCGCACUUUAGAUUAUUUGUGCCAUUUCUACACACAGAAGAGACAUAUAUAUAGUAUGUAUUUAUAAUUUAAUUUUUGCCAUGUACUGGAAUAAACAGUGAGCAUAUCUGGUAUAUGUCAUUAUUUAUUAAACUGCAUAUUUUUUUUCUUUAGAAAAAAAAGCGCAAAACUCCAUUUGUUCAGAUAAUGAUUGUUUGGAGGAAAAAAAAACCUACUGCAGCAAUGAGAAAAGAUGCAAGUUAUUUUCUCUGCUUAUUUUUAUAAUGAAAUGAUGCAUAACGUUAUAAAGCAUAUGGUUGAUUCCUUCUAAGAGUUAAAUUAAAAGAAAAUGGCCCAUGCAAA